UUUUGGCAUGGCGGGGAAUCGAUCCGGCAACAUUCUGAUUACUAGCCCAACUCCCUCACCGCUCAGCCAUCUGACUCCCAAUUAGCUGGACACAGCGGCGCAAGGAAAAACGAGCAGGGAGAGAGUGCAAUGGAGAGAGUGCAAUGGAGAGAGUGCAAUGGAGAGAGUGCAAUGGAGAGCAUGAACACAGCGUGAUACCUAGGGAUUGAUCAUUACCCGGAGAUGUGUGUGUGUUUGCUGUGUGUGUGGGAUGUUAUCUCACCAUGUAGUGGGGUCGCAGCAAGUCCUGUGUCCUGCGAAGGAGUUGACACUCUGGACCCAGAAUGGAGUCAGGAAAGCAGUUGACAGGUACCCUGGCUCUGGCUGUAUUCACAGCAGUCCUAGGCUCUCUGCAGUAUGGAUACAGCCUAGGAGUCAUCAAUUCUCCACAGAAGAUCAUAGAGAGGCAUUACGGACGGGCGCUGGGGUUGGUGCCAGAGGAGCCUCUCCUCCAAUCAGACAACAGCACGCUGGUGGAGGAAAAUGAAGUACACUCGUCUGUGGUGAUAUACUGGUCCCUGUCGGUGGCCAUCUUCUCUGUGGGAGGCAUGGUCUCCUCGUUCCUGGUGGGCUUUGUGGGAGACCUGAGAGGAAGAGUGAAGGGUAUGCUCAUGGUGAACGUAUUGGCAGUAGCUGGUGGCCUGCUGAUGGGCUUGGCCAAUACAUGGAGGCCUCAUAUCAUGGUUAUCACUGGACGAGCUGUCAUGGGCUUCUACUGUGGCUUAUCGUCAGGGCUGGUGCCCAUGUAUAUAGGGGAGAUAGCUCCUAUGGCAUACAGAGGAGCUUUGGGGACAUUACACCAGCUGGCCAUCGUCACUGGCAUCCUUAUCAGCCAGGUGAUCGGUCUGGAGUUCCUCCUGGGGAAUGACUCCAUGUGGCCUCUACUGCUAGGUCUUUCCGGAGCCCCGGCCCUCCUCCAGUCCCUGCUCCUACCUCUCUGUCCAGAGAGCCCUCGGUACCUCUACAUACGCAGGGGACUGGAGGCAGAGGCCCGCAAGAGCUUACAUCGUCUGAAAGGGGAGUACGACCCCACAGCAGACCUGGAGGAGAUGAGGAAGGAGAAGGAGGAGGCGGAGAAGGAAGAACAGGUGUCCAUCGUCGGUCUGGUGCGUUCGUCUCUGUACAGACAGCAGCUGUUCGUGGCCCUCAUGAUGCACCUCUCCCAACAGCUCUCUGGCAUCAACGCUAUCUUUUAUUAUUCGACGGCCAUCUUCGAACGUGCUGGCGUUGCCCAGCCUGUCUACGCCACCAUUGGAGUAGGAGUCAUCAACACCGUCUUUACUAUGGUGUCUGUGGUGCUCGUGGAUCGGGCCGGCAGAAGAACGCUAAGUCUGAUUGGCUUAGGAGGGAUGUGCAUCUGUGCGGUUGCCAUGUCAGUUGGCCUCAUCUAUCUGGACACGUUCUCCUGGAUGAGCUACGUCAGCAUGUCGGCCAUCUUCCUGUUUGUGUGCUUCUUUGAGAUGGGACCUGGUCCCAUCCCUUGGUUCAUUGUGGCAGAGCUGUUCAGCCAGGGACCACGCCCGGCGGCCAUUGCUCUGGCUGGCUGCUGCAACUGGACUUGCAAUUUCAUUGUGGGGAUGACUUUCCCCUACAUAGAGGUUCUGUUGGGUAGCUACGUGUUCAUCCUGUUUGCGGUGUUCCUGUUUGGCUUCACUGUGUUCACCUACUGCCGCAUGCCAGAGACCAAGGGGAAGACCUUUGAGGAGAUUUCUGCUGUCUUCCAGAAGGGCAGGAAAACAGUUCCUCCAGGCCCCAAGAUCUCCACAGAACUGGAGCACCUUAAAUCAGCCUCGGAUGCUUGAAAGACCACUAUGUAUGUUUGAAUCAUGAUGCUGCAUUUGUAUCUUAGCUCUGUUCUAUCUGUGUAUAAUAGCACAUUAAUAUAACAUUCUCUCGUCACAAACAUUGGUCCUCCCCAGUGACUGGAAAUGAGGCUCUGAAACGGCAGCCAUCUUGUACAGUCAAUCUACCUGGAGAAUGCAGAUACCCUUAAAAUAUUUUUAAAGAUUUGUACAUUUGUGUACCACUUUGGGGGGCUGUGGAUUAUCCUUGACAUACAGUGUAAGUCUUAAAGCAAUCAAACCUAAUAGCAAUAAAUGUACCAAAGUGUUGAUUGGUUAAAUUUGUAUGCAAAUAAAUCUGUAUAAUGUACUGAAUAAAAAGUUUUCCAUCG